AUGUUUUCUCAACAAGUUGGUCGCAGUGGACGUAUUGCAGCGCAAUCAUUCAGACGGUUUGCUCGCUCUACACAGUCCCGCGGUUAUGCGACAGGAGCAGCUUCAGCAGCAGCUGGCAGUGCUUUCAAGAGAGCAGCUGGCAUGUUGGUUGCCGGCGUAGGUGCAAGCACAGCUGGCGGUGUCGGAACCUGGUAUACGAUGCACUCAAACGGCAUGGGCUUUCACUCCGACGAAGAGAGCCUGCGACGCUUCGUCGCUAAUCACGAGGAGGCCAAAAUGGUGGAGGAGACCAUCAACAACCACCCUCUGAUCGCAGAGCUUCGCGCGAACCCUGAACUUACCGAAUCACGACCACACAUGAAGAUGCCUGCAUCGUACCGAAGUCGGAGCUUGACUGGCGGAGCCCUCAUUGGCGAAGGAAAGGUGACAGUGCCACCUUAUGCCUGGGUUGCGCCAGAGGGCAAACAGCUCGUGUCGGUGGCAUACGUUGGAGAGGAUCUGUGCGGCCAUCCUGGUAUUGUGCAUGGCGGAUUCCUAGCGACGAUGCUGGAUGAGGGUCUCGGACGCUGUUCUUUUGGUGCGCUCCCUCAUAACAUUGCCGUGACGGCAAACCUAAACGUCGAUUACCGCAAGCCGACACCAGCAGGAAGCUUCUUGGUUCUGCGGGCAGAGACCUACAAGGUGGAAGGCCGCAAGGCCUGGGUUAGAGGACAUAUCGAAUUGCUGGCCGACCCUGGAGAGAAGCCAACAAUAUUGGCCGAGGCGGAUGCGCUUUUCAUCUCGCCCAAGUAUGCUGCGGUGAUGCCCAAGAUUGGUUAA